AUGGCUGCCACUAAUGAGGAACGUUUUAUGAAGCCUUUCAUCUCAGAGAAGUCAUCUGAAUCAUUGGAGAUACCGAUGGGCUUCAACGAGUACUUACCAGAUCCAUUGCCAAAUGUGGUGGAACUCCUAGACUAUGGUGGGAGAUCUUGGUCGGUUAGGAUGAAGAAAAGAGGAAGGAGAGUGUUUCUGACAAUCGGUUGGGAAAAUUUUGUAAAGGAAAACAAUCUGGAGGACGGGAAGAUGAUGAACUUCAUCUAUGACUGCAAUCGGAGCUUUUAUGUUAUCAUUUUUGGUCAUGACGGGGUUAGCGAAUCUAGAGACUUCCCUCAAGUCGUAAUUGAUGUUGAUGAGUAUGGAACCGGUGAAGAAGAAGACGAAGAAGACGAAGGAGAAGAUGAUAACAUCAGUAACUAA